UUUGCAGGGGACACACAACGGAAGUGGUCUUGUACUUCUUUUGUAUGUGAAGUGCGUGAAUCCUGGCUAUUACUUCCAGAUUUUUCCUUCGUCCUUGAACUCUAUAGAUUUCAACCUACAAAACUCUUCUCAGCAAAAAUGACAGACCGUUACAACAUCCACAGUCAGCUGGAACAUCUUCAGUCUAAGUACAUCGGCACAGGACAUGCUGACACCAGCAAAUGGGAAUGGCUGGUCAACCAGCAUCGUGACUCAUACUGCUCCUACAUGGGGCACUUUGACCUGCUCAACUAUUUCUCUGUCGCUGAGAAUGAGAGCAAAGCACGUGUACGCUUCAACUUGAUGGAGAAAAUGCUUCAGCCAUGUGGACCACCUGCAGACAAACCUGACGAUUCUUAGAUUACACUGGUGGAAGGAGCUGUUUUUGUUUAGUUUUUUUUUUCUUUUAACAUCAAAUUUGUUUUAAUAGACAUUCAAGCCUAUUCUUAAAAAAUAUCUGACCUUCAAACUGGAUCUGCCUCCACAUCCCAGUGCGACCCUGCCGACACUGACUGCAUCACCAGUUUAGACGACAGAACAUGGAUAUUGCAUUGUUUUCAUAAGGACCAGUACAAGUACAGCAGUACAAGUGAUGCACAAUCAUCUGCCACAUAUUUGUGUUAUAUGACUAAAUUGAAUGCUUGAUGAAAAGUUUCUUUUUGUUCUGA